GCUCCUUUUGGCGCUCGAUUUCAUCCUCGGAAACUCUCUCAACAUGGCGGAAGUUGCUACUGAAGUGAAGCUCUUUAACAAGUGGUCGUACGAUGACAUCAGCGUCGCGGCGGACAUCUCUCUGGAAGACUACAUUGCCGUGAAGGGCAAGGCCGCUACGUUCCUGCCGCACACGGCUCAGCGCUACCAGAAGAAGCGUUUCCGCAAGGCUCAGUGCCCCAUCACGGAGCGUCUUGUGAACGCUCUGAUGCGCAAGGGCCGCAACUCUGGCAAGAAGCUCAAGGCCACGCGCAUUGUGAAGCACACGCUGGAGAUCAUCCACCUGCUUACGGAUAAGAACCCCCUGCAGGUGGUGGUGGAGGCCGUCAUCAAGUCGGGCCCGCGUGAGGACUCAACCCGCGUCGGAUCGGCCGGUGUCGUGCGUCGUCAGGGUGUGGAUGUGUCGCCCUUCCGUCGCGUUAACCAGGCUCUGUACCUGAUCGCCACGGGCGCCCGUGAAGCCUCGUUCCGCAACGUCAAGACCAUCGCCGAGUGCCUGGCCGACGAGCUGAUCAACGCUUCCAAGGGAUCGUCCAACAGUUACGCUAUUAAGAAGAAGGACGAGAUCGAGCGUGUGGCCAAGGCCAACAGAUAAGCGGCCAACGUGUGGGCGUUAAUCGUGGCGGGAGGAGACGAAUACAGCCAAUGAAAUCAGGGGAGCAGAAUGUGGCAGAUUUGGUCCGCUUUUGGUCGAUGGAUACCCUUUUUGGGUGGAAAUAGGUUCCCGGAUCUUCGAAAAGUUUUUUUCAACUCUGCCCACGUUGACAAAACAUUUACAAGACCGACUUCCCUUUUUAUUCUAAACUGGAAUAAAAUGUGAUACACCGAGUUGUUGAGAGCACCAAA